UUUUGUUGCAUCUAUGCACAUUUUUAUAGCUUUCCUCAUAUUUUCAUUUGCUAUAAAUCUGUUACUAAAAAGUGUUUUACGAAAUGACUAGCAAUUCAUGAAUCACGAAGUACGUAAGAUGUAGGGCACGCAACCAGAUGAGUGCGUCCCUGAAUGAUCCAAGUUGUGUGCGACGAUGGUAUGGCGUGUACCUCAGUAUUCGCGCGUACGCAGAGGCCGUAUAUGGUAGUGGGCGGUAGAAACGUGCCGCAGAGGAACGCAACAAGCGUUGCGCGGGAUACGCAUGCGCAAACCGUGUACUGCGCAUGCGCCCGAGCGAAGAAAUCUACGGGUAGCUUGUCGCGGCACAUACACGGCCGAUGCAGUAGAGCCGAGAAUCCCGUAGCGAGUAAUCAAGUAACUGCGAUGUGUGAUAAUACUAACACGACGACGCAGAGUAUAGCGGACUAUCUGUCACAGUUACUAAAAGACAGAAAGCAGUUAGCUGCUUUCCCUAAUGUCUUUAUACAUGUAGAGCGCCUACUAGACGAAGAAAUCGCAAAAGUUCGGGCGAGUCUCUUCCAAAUCAGUGGCGUAAAAAAGGAACCACUGGUUUUGCCAGAACCAGAAGGCGAAAUCACGACACUAACAGAGAAAGUUUAUGUGCCCGUCAAAGAACAUCCAGAUUUCAACUUUGUUGGAAGAAUUCUUGGGCCACGCGGGAUGACGGCUAAACAAUUGGAGCAAGAAACAGGAUGUAAAAUAAUGGUCCGGGGGAAAGGUUCCAUGAGGGACAAAAAGAAGGAAGAGUUAAAUCGCGGCAAACCAAACUGGGAACAUCUGACGGAUGAACUGCACGUUCUAUUGACAGUCGAAGAUACGGAGAAUCGUGCCACGUUAAAACUUGCCAGAGCUGUGGAAGAAGUCAAGAAACUCCUUGUUCCCGUGCAGGCUGAUGGCGAGGAUGAGCUUAAAAAACGACAAUUAAUGGAGCUCGCUAUUAUAAACGGUACCUAUCGGGAUUCCAAUAUGAAAGUUGCUGCAGCCACAGCAUUUGAUAUUUCAGCUUGCGACGAAGAAUGGAGACGUGUGGCAGCAGCUGCAGCAGAAACACAGCGGCUGCUUCCAGGCUUAGCCACGCCAAUGAGAACGCCCAGCGCUCCAUUGGGAGCACCGUUAAUUCUCUCACCACGGAUAUCUGUCCCAACAACUGCAGCAUCUCUUCUGAAUGGCUCAGGUCCACCAGGAUCUCUUCUCUCUGCUGGUGAUCCUCAUGGCUUAAUCUACACGCCAUAUGCCGAUUAUGCCAAUUAUGCAGCCCUGGCAGCCUCACCUCUUCUCACGGAAUACACCACUGCUGAUCAUUCUGAUCAAGACGUGAGGAAAAUACUCAAAUUAUCAUCUUUAUUCUAUUAAAUGGAAUGUCAUAUUUUUCUGUUAGUGCUUGAUAGCGACUCUCAAGACCUACUUUUUAAAAAACAACAUUUCUUUGAAAUUCUAAGGAUUCUAUAGAAAGUAAUCCUACUCAGAAAGUAUAUUGGGCACUCUAUGCUUAAUGAUAUUAUUCAAGCCAUUGUUAUAAGAAUACUCUUUUUACAUUUGAUUUUUUUGGGGUUGAGGUAACAUAAAAAGGAAUGUUCUCCGCAAUCAAACCAAAAAACCCAUACAUACGUAUAUCUGUUUAUGUGUGUACUGUAAUGAUAUUCAAUAGUACCAGUUGUUUCGUCGCAUGUGUAACUGGUUGUUAUUUUAUUAUUAUCAAUAUUAUUAUUAUUAUUUUUUAUUACUAUAAGCUAUUAAUGAAAUUAUUGAUAUUAUUACUGUUUUUGUUAUCACGAUCAUCAUAUCGUUAAAUAUUAUGAUUUUUAUUGCUAUUAUUAUAUCUUCCAUUAUCAUCAUCAUCAUCAUCAUCAUUAUCAUUUUAAUUCAAACUUAUCAUUAGGUACUAAAAAAAGCAAUAUACAGAUUAGUAGGAAAAUUAUAAUUAUUUUGGCCAUUAUCGGUUAGUAAAAAAUUAAUAUAUAUAACUCGAUAAUUGUGCAGGUAACAAUGUUAGUUGGUAUGUACUACUUUUAUUAUGACAUUUAAUGUCUAUAUGGACAGAAUCAAAUCAAUCAUUUACUAGUCGUGUCAGUUCUGAUAAUUAUUUAAUGUUAAUUAUAAUCAGAAUUAAUUCAAUACUCGUCUCGAAAUAAUGAAUUAACAGUAAGUAAUAGAGUUCUAUAAUGUAGCAUACGAUAUGAGCAGGAAAAUCUUGUAAUUUAAAAAGAAGAAUUAUUUCUUGGUAGACAAAAAUACCAAACAUGUAGGAUCAUAUCUUUAGUAUACUUUAGCUCGAGCCGGUAUUCGAACAGGAAAGGCAUUGAACUUCAUUUAUCAUUUCUUCAGUUAGAACAACAAUACGACCAAUACAAAUCGUCGAUCCGUACAAUACAGAUACUAUAUAUGCUCAGAUAAAAAGGAUGAAUCAUUUUUUCAAUAAAAUACUCGGCUAUUUUAUAAUAAAUCUUAUACACACAUUCGUUACUAUUUAUUGUACAAAGUAUAGUUCAAAUGUGUGUUCAGUAAAUAUGGCGUGUUUAAAAGAUGACAAUUUUUUGGUUUCCUGGGACAACUACAUAUGUACUUAUUUACAUAAUCGUUUCUAUUAACAAAAUGAUUAGUAAAUAUUAGAUUUUUGGCGAAUACCUAAAGUUUACAAGUCAUUCAGUUUUUACAGCAAAUUACAUUGAAAUAAUUAUCGCAUUAUCAUUCCACGUUUACGUUCACUUUUCUUAUUUAAACAAAACAUUAAAAACUAGCAGCAUUAGGAUGUGUCAGUGUGACUCUCUUAAAAGUAAAUAAGCAAAGGCAAAAGUCUUAUUUUCGUUCUAGAACUCGUACAGAGAUGAAAAAAAAUAAUCUUUAUCUUCAUUACAACACUAAAGUAAAAAUAAUAUGUGCAUUUGCAUAGACCAUUUUAACUAGCUUGAUCAUUUCAGUGUUAACUAUUAAUAAUUAAUUAUCUAAUUUAGUUCUAAAAAAAUAAUACAUAUUUAUAAUGUCUGUUUCUUUAUUUUAAGUUUCAAAAAUGUUUCAUUUUUCGAACAUGCCAUAUUUUAUGAUAUACUUUGUAUUUUACUUAUAGUAUUUCAAAUAAUGAAAAAAAGGAAUGCGCAUGUGUUAUUACAUGUCCGGUUCUUUGGUGCAUUAAUAUAUUGAUAUAUUUACGAAGUAAUCAAAUAAAUCAAAUAUUAUUUAUUCUUGUUAUCUUUAAUAUGUAUGUCUACAGGGUAAAAAUUAUGAACAGAAGCAAGUCAAUUUCUCAUGAGAAUAAGUAUUAGAAACGUCAAUAUUAUGUUUAAGUAGAGAACAUUAUUUUCAACCUGUAAUUUUUCAGUAGAUUUUAGAAAACUUCUAAUUGUGUUAUCAUUGUGCAUUUAUUAGAUUACAGUAUGGUUUCAACCUGAAAAAAUAUCACUAAAUUACUUCGAUUAAGAUAACAUGAAUAUUGUAAUAAUUACAGCAAUAUAUUUUAUGUAUUGCUCUAGCAACCAAAAGAAUUAUCCUUCUAAUUUUUUAAUUGUUUGAGAAUAUUCGAACAAAAACAGUUAUUAUUAAUUAUCCCAAUUGUUCUGAGGCAUUUUCUUGUUCUCAUCUGUAAACAUUUUUUAAUUUUUUGGUGCAAAGUAUAAGUUAUUUUGAACGUUACUUUGAGUUUGCAAUAUGACAAUUUUUUAAGCAAAGAGUAAAGCUAUUUCUUAGUUAUACAUAUAUGAUGUCAUAUAUAUUUAUUAAAUUUUUACAUUAUUGAUAAGUAAAAUGAAAUGAAUACUUAAUAUAUUUAUGUAUAAUCUUACUGUACAAUUCUUUCUUAAUGACAGUCCAGUAUGAUUUAUAUAUAUAUAAAUAUGCACAUCUAUGUUUUUUUUUAUUCUACUUCUCUAUACUAGGAAUCCCUUAUUGUGUACUUUUAGACAAAAAGUAAUUUCGUCGUAUUACAUAUUGUAAAAGGGAAACAGAAUAUUAAUUAAUAAUUUCAGAUUUUAUAAUUAAUUCUAUUUCGCAUUUUUCUAUUCAUUGUUUCAAAUAGGGGAUUUUACAAAUCCUGUAAAGGUAUAUAAUUAUAUCAGUAUAAGUUAUUAAAUAAUGUAUAAUAUACUACAUAGUUAUGUAUAGAAUUAUAAUUGUAUUUUUAGACAAAUAAUUGUAUUUUUAGGAUAUCCAGUAAAUUGAAGUUAAAUUAAAGAUUGAUGUGCAUAAAAUAAAAAUGAAUUAUUUAAAAAAAGAGAAAAUUAAAUUAAGAUACAAUAUGCUCAACAUUUUUUUUUCAUUUGUUGGGCAUAUAAACAAUAUUUUGUAAAUAAUUUUGUCAUAGAGAAAGAAACAUAUCAAUAUAUUUAAACGUAUGAACUGUAUUUUUUUAUACACCAUAAAAAUGCUUUUGUAAAUUAAAGAUAAAUAUUUUCAUACAUUCUUAUUUUAUCUAUUUCUGUUCUUUUGGUGGCCAUUCAUAGUUUAAAUUAAUACUAUUGAUAGCAUAAUGUAAAGGAUUAUUAUAAAUACGUUUUCUUUUUUUUUAAUAUUACCGAUCUUUCUAGUGCUGUGGCCGUUUAUAUUGUAAUGCUAUUACAGUUCGUGUAUGUGUGUAUUUCUUGAAUAGAUUAGACUUUGGUUUAUGUAUAUUUGGAUCAAUAUUACCAAAUAUUUCCUAUUUAUUAAGCUUUCAAUAUUCCGUCCACUAUUAUGAAAUUAUAUUUACAGACUUAUGAAAUAAUUUCUGGUAAUAACAUCUUAAUUAACUUCCCCUAAUUCAAUCGCGUCAGUAAGAGGUAUGCGUAAGUCAAACGAUUUCACCCGAACUU